AUGGCAACCACUCCGACAAAGACGGAAGCGCCGCCGCUGCGCCCGACGCUUGGCAGCAAGCAGAUCUCGCUGCGAGGCAUCCCGAAGCUCGAGAAUGUGGACGAGAUCAAGGCGACGUUCAUCCGCCACGUCCACGCCGAUCUCGCCAAGGAUCGCAACGUCGCGACGACCAACGACUACUACCUCGCUCUUGCGCAUACGGUGCGUGACCACGUCGUCUCAAAGUGGAUUCGCACCCAGCAGACGUACUACAACACCGAUCCCAAGCGCGUGUACUACCUGUCGCUCGAGUACUACAUGGGUCGCUCGCUGUGCAACACGAUGGUCAACCUCGGCAUUGCCACCGAGUCCGAAGAAGCCAUGUACCAACUUGGUCUCAACAUUGAGGAGAUGGAGGAAUCCGAGGAAGACGCUGGUCUCGGCAACGGCGGCCUCGGUCGUCUCGCUGCUUGUUUCUUGGAUUCGAUGGCAACGCUCAACCUCCCGGCCUACGGAUAUGGCAUCCGCUACGAGUAUGGCAUUUUCAAGCAGCAAAUCCGCGACGGCUACCAGGUCGAGCUGCCCGACUCGUGGCUCAAGCGCGGAAAUCCGUGGGAGAUUGCCCGCCCAGAGUACAUGCUGCCCGUCCAGUUCUACGGCCGCAGCGAGCUCGGCCCGGACGGCAAGCACAAGUGGGUUGGCACCCAAACGGUCAUGGCGCUGCCGUACGACAGCCCCAUUCCCGGCUACAAGACCAACACGGUCAACACGAUGCGUCUGUGGUCUGCUCGCUCUCCGAACGACUUUGACCUGUCCUACUUCAACCAUGGCGACUACAUCAAGGCCGUCAUUGAUCGCAACCUUGCCGAGAAUAUCUCUCGUGUCUUGUACCCCAACGACAAUUUCUUCGAGGGAAAGGAGCUCCGCCUCAAGCAAGAGUACUUUAUGGUCUCGGCCACCCUGCAAGACAUUGUGCGUCGCUACAAGGCGGCCACCUUUGGCAGCCGAGAGCUUUCGCGCAAGAGCUUUGACCUCUUCCCGGAGAAGGUCGCCAUCCAGUUGAACGACACCCAUCCCUCGUUGGCCAUUCCCGAGCUGAUGCGCAUCCUGGUCGAUCUCGAAGGCUGCACGUGGGAGUACGCGUGGAAGAUUUGCACGGCAACUUUUGGCUACACCAACCACACUGGUGUCGCGCUUCGCUUCCCGGGCGACCACGACCGGCUGCGUCGCAUGUCGCUGAUUGAGGAGGACGGCGACAAGCGUGUCAACAUGGCCAAUCUCUCGAUUGUCAACAUGGCCAAUCUCUCGAUUGUCGGCUCGCAUGCCAUCAACGGUGUGGCGCGCAUUCACACUGAAAUUAUCAAGAACUCGAUCUUCCGAGACUUUUUCGAGUUCACUCCCGAAAAGUUCCAAAACAAGACCAACGGCAUCACGCCGCGCCGUUGGCUGCUCGUGUCGAACGCUGCACUUGCAGACCUCAUUACCGAACGCAUUGGCGAAAAGUGGUCGUUGGAUUUGCGACAUUUGCACAAGCUGGAGCAGUAUGCCGACGAUCCAGAUCUGCAGCGCGCCUUCUUUGACGUCAAGCAGAGCAACAAGCAGCGCCUCGCCACCUUGAUCAAGGAGCAGUACAAGAUUGAGAUCAACGUCGACUCGAUCUUUGACUGCCACGUCAAGCGCAUCCACGAGUACAAGCGCCAGUUGUUGAACGCGCUCCACAUUAUCACCUUGUACAACCGCAUCAAGGAAAACCCGAGCGGCGACUUUGUGCCCCGCACCGUCUUUAUCGGUGGCAAGGCAGCGCCCGGUUACUACAUGGCAAAGAUGAUUAUCAAGCUCAUCUGCUCCAUCGCCGAGGUGGUCAACAACGACCCGAUUGUCGGCAACCGACUCAAGGUGGUCUUCCUCGAAAACUACCGCGUCUCUCUGGCCGAGCGCGUCAUUCCCGCGACAGACUUGUCCGAGCAAAUCUCGACCGCCGGUACCGAGGCCUCGGGCACUGGCAACAUGAAGUUUAUGCUGAACGGCGCGCUCACGAUCGGCACGAUGGACGGCGCCAACGUUGAAAUGUCCGAGGAAGUCGGCGCUGAAAACAUGUUCAUCUUUGGUCUGAAUGUAGAUGAAGUCGAAGCCCUCGCCAAGGCCGGAUACGAUCCGAACAAGUACUACCACGCCAACCGCGAGCUCAAGCAUGCGCUCGACCAGAUUGGCAACGGCUACUUUUCUGCCACCAACCGCGAUUUGUUUGUGCAUGUUGUGGAUUCGCUUCUCAAGCAUGGCGAUCGUUACAUGCUGCUCGCCGACUACGCCUCGUAUGUCGAGACGCAGGAUCGUGUGGCAGUCGAGUUCCGCAACCGCAAGCUCUGGAUGCGCAAGUGCAUCCUGAACGUGGCUGCCUCUGGCAAAUUCUCGUCCGAUCGUACCAUUCAGGAAUACGCCGCGGACAUCUGGAAGGCCGAGCCCGUCAAUGUUGUUCUUUGA